UCGACUGACACCGUUCAUUGUCUCUCUACCACAAAUACUUGCCCAAAACAAGCUACUGCCCGGUGUAUAAGUUGGCAGCUAGUUGGUGAAGUUCUCACACGACAUGCUCUGUGUACAAUCGUAGAAGUAAGAAAAUGGUGUUCCAUGCCAUUCUCCCCAAGAUAGCCGUCCACUGGAUCAUCAACUUCUACCGGACGGCUAAGAAGCUCCGCAGCAAUGCCUUCCAAUACUACCGUAACUCCACCGCCAGGGCAACCGCCGCCGCCGCCUCCAGGUGCACCAUCCCCUCCGCCGCCGAUAGGACGGUGGUGUGCGACUUCCACGGCGGGCUCCUGAGGUCCACCACCAUAUUCCCCUACUUCAUGCUCGUCGCCUGCGAGGGCGGCAGCCUGCUCCGGGCGCUGCUCCUGCUCUGCUCCUACCCGCUCGUAUGGGCCUUGGGCGAGCACGCCGACGCUGGUAUCCGGGUCAUGGCGUUCGUCACCUUCGUCGGGCUCAGGCCACGGGACGCAGACCUCGUGGCCCGCGCAAUCCUGCCCAAGUUCUACAUGGAGAGGCUCAACGCGCUGGUGUACGACCACCUGUGGCUGCCGGCGGGGAGGAAGGUGGCCGUGACGAGCGCGCCGAGGGUGAUGGCGGAGUGGUUCUUGAAGGAGUACAUGGCCACGGACGUGGUCGUCGGGCGUGAACUUCAGACGGUUCAGAUUGGGCGCGGUUGCUACUUCACCGGGCUGCUGCGCGGGCCAGGAGCAGGGCCGGAGCUCGGAGGGGAGGGCGACAUGGCUGACGUUUUCGUCGUCGGGGCCUCCAAUCCAUUGAACCACCUGUUCAUCCCCGGCUGCAAGGAAGUUUAUGUGGUGAGCAGGGAGAGCGCCAAGACCGACACGCUUCCACGGGAGAGGUACCCGAAGCCGCUCAUCUUCCACGACGGCCGCCUCGCCUUCCUCCCCACCGCCUCCGCCAUGCUCGCCUUCUUCCUCUUCCUACCGCUCGGCUUCGUCCUCUCCGUCAUCCGCAUCUCCAUCGGCAUCGGCCUACCCUACAAGAUCAGCUUUGCAGCCGGCGCGCUCUUCGGGGUCCGCUUCCGCACAUCGGGCCGCCGCAUCCCCGAAGCCGGGACCAAACGCAGGGGCGUCCUGUUCGUGUGCAAUCACCGGACGCUGGUCGACCCGAUCAUGCUCACGGCGGCGCUGGAGAAGCCCGUUCCGGCCGUGACGUACAGCCUCAGCCGGGUCUCGGAGAUCUUCGCGCCCAUCAAGACGGUGCGGCUGACCCGCGACCGCGAGCGCGAUGCCAAGACCAUGUCGCGGCUGCUGGAGCAAGGAGACCUCGCGGUCUGCCCCGAGGGCACCACCUGCCGCGAGCCUUACCUGCUGCGGUUCAGCCCGCUGUUCGCCGAGCUCGCCGACGACAUGGAGCCCGUGGCGCUGGACGCUCAGGUGACGUCGCUGUACGGCACGACGGCGAGCGGGCACAAGUGGCUCGACCCCGUGGCGUUCUUCGCCAACCCUGCCCCUUCGUAUCGAGUGGAGUUCCUCGGGCCAGUGCCGCGGGAUCAGACAUGCGCCGGGGGAAGAACCGGCGCAGAGGUGGCGAACUGGAUCCAGCGGCGGCUAGGCGAGGCGCUCGGCUUCGAAUGCACCGGGCUUCGCCGUCAGGACAAGUACAUGAUGCUCGCUGGCAACGAUGGUGUGGUCUCCAAGUAGACGACGCUUGCAGCUGCUGGCCGGCGCGCCUCCUGAAACUCUCGGCCAAUUUCGAAAUCAGGUUGAAACGAAACUUUGGCCUACUGUAUAUUGUUACUAAAUUUGUACUCCCAUGGUCGAUGGAGUACUAUGUGAUUACAACGGUAAACUUUGGUUUCCUGCCCCUAUCACAAUUCACAAAUAUGUAUAUUUACAGCACGUUAAACUUUAGUUUCCUGCCCCUAUCGAAUAUGUCUGCUUUUGCUGUCUAAUGUAAGUGCUUUGAGGAUGGCCUUUUUUGGGCUGAUUGUGGCUGUAUGUAAUGCUAUGCAUGAAAAGCUGGUGUUUUGAGUUUUA